GGGGAGCAAGAACGGAAUCUCCCCAUGUGACGGCGCGGGAGGGGGCCGUGGAUGCGCAGGCAGAGGAGAAGGAAAGGAGGCGGCGGCGGCGGCGGUGGCGGCGGCAGCAGCGGUGGAGGAGGCGGAGGCUGCUGCUCCUGCUCCCGCCGCCGCCAGAGCGGCAGCCAUUCCCGCGCUUCGGGCUUGCGGGUCAGAGCGGAGCCUGAGAGGCGGCGGAAGCAGCACACCCACUGAUGGAAAGAGGAAAGCUUGGCCGCAGGCGAGGGGGACUUCGGCCGUAACUUCUGACCAGCAGCCUCUCCGGCUAACACAAGAGCCGGACGGUCAGGCGGAACAGUGGCGGCGGCUGCGAGGACGUCCUCCUGGAGACAAGGCAUUGGGUCCACAAUGGCCACAGCUUUGCCCAGAACCCUUGGUGAAUUGCAGCUUUAUCGCAUCCUGCAGAAAGCCAAUCUCUUGUUCUACUUUGAUGCCUUCAUUCAGCAGGGAGGGGAUGACGUUCAGCAAUUGUGUGAGGCAGGUGAAGAAGAGUUCCUUGAGAUCAUGGCCUUGGUUGGCAUGGCUAGCAAACCUCUUCAUGUCCGAAGGCUGCAGAAAGCUUUGAGAGACUGGGUCACAAAUCCAGGCCUUUUUAACCAGCCCCUCACUUCUUUACCGGUCAGUAGCAUUCCUAUAUAUAAACUACCGGAAGGAUCGCCAACUUGGCUGGGAAUAUCCUGCAAUAGUUAUGAACGGAAUAAUAGUACCCGGGAGCCUCAUGUGAAGAUUCCAAAAUGUGCUGCCACAACCUGUGUUCAGAGUGUGAGUCCUGGCAAAUCUGAUGGAGUGGGGAAUUUAGUGCCGCAAAACAGUAGUGAGCAGAGACUCUGGCAAGGACACCAUGGAACUGAGAGCGAGCACAGCCUUUCCCCUGCUGACAUUGGUUCUCCACCCUCACCAAAGGAUAACACAGAAGCUUUGGAUGCAGCUGCAGCUCUUUCAGUCACCGAGUGUGUGGAACGCAUGGUUUCCACUCUCCCCAAAAGUGACUUGAAUGAAGUGAAAGAAAUGCUGAAAAUCAAUAAAAAACUGGCUAAGAUGGUUGGUCAUAUCUUUGAAAUGAAUGAUGAGGACCCUCACAAAGAAGAAGAAAUUAGAAAAUACAGUGCAAUAUAUGGCAGGUUUGACUCGAAGAGAAAAGAUGGCAAACAUCUCACCCUUCAUGAGCUCACAGUAAAUGAAGCAGCUGCUCAGUUAUGUGUCAAGGAUAAUGCACUAUUAACCCGGAGGGAUGAACUCUUUGCUCUGGCACGGCAGAUUUCUCGAGAAGUUACAUACAAGUACACUUACCGGACCACCAAGUCUAAAUGUGGAGAAAGGGAUGAACUAUCACCAAAGAGAAUUAAGAUAGAGGUUGGCUUUCCUGAUUUCCAAGAUGCCAUCCAAAGUUUUUAUCAAGACGAUCCAGUGAAACUACAGCAAGCAUUGUCAAAAGGGAAGUGUGAAGACCUAGCAGCGCUUGGUUCCCAGCCUGAAAAGAUGAUGGCCAAACAAAUGGAGUUCCUUUGCAACCAAGCUGGCUUGGAAAGACGACUGUCUACAGGUCUUUACAGGCAAAGUUCAGAAGAAAGCAGUCCCAAUGGACUGACGCCAGACCCUCUGGAUGGACAAGGGGAAAGGCCUUUAAAUCUCCGUAUAUCAAGUCUAUCAAACAGACACCUGCCACACAUUUCAUUAGAUGGAGAAGCUCCUGGAGUGAAACCCCUUUGCAGUGAUCUGAGCCGACAAUAUGUUGGUAGUGAGGCAAAAUCACAAUUGCCAGAAGGUCUUGGUAUUUUGAAAGAUUUUCCUCACUCGGCUUUCAACAACUUUGAUCGGAAGGUCAUAAAAACCGAGCCAGAAGAUACAAGAUAGACCUUCUGCUGUUGGAAAAGAGUUCUUUCCAAAUAAAGCUUUGAAUGGAAAACAAAUCAAGCCUUAAUAACCAGCGUUGCCUCAUUGAAAAAAAGGGAUUUCAUAGCCAAAGCCUAAGAACUGGAAUAGUCGUAAGUGAGGAGCUGAGAGACAAGCGAAACUGCAGCACAAGCAGUGGGUGCAAACAUGAGAUAAGGGAUCUCUAAGUGGAAAAGGCUCACAAAGUAAUACUGUGGGGCCUUAUUAUUUAAGAAUGUAUUAUACGUUUGAGUAACGUAAUGUUUUUAAACAAGUGUCACAAUAUGUAUUAUGUCGAGUAAAGGUGGUUGCCAUUAUUUUUACUUGAAAUGUCAGUAUCUACUUUCAAUAGUUACAAGUUCAAUUUUUUUUAAAAAAAUCAACCUUUGGGUCAUGGGUAGAGAAAGGUGCGGGGAGGGAAUAUAGUGUAAAACACUUAAACCGCAGGUUCGACGUGUUUAUUUUUUAAAGUAAAAAAAAAAGCAAUUCCAUAAAAUGUUAUAGGAAUAUAGCAUUUAAAAGAGCUGACUGUAUUAUAACAGGCAUUUUUAUGCUCGGUGUGUAACAUUCUCAGAGAUUUCAGGAAUGUCUAUCUGUAACGUAUUUAUUUACACUGUAUGCUUGUCUGCUAUUUAGGGAGACGAAGAAACACAAUAUUGUUUCAUUCUAUAAAUUAAGCAGGGAAGGAAGAAAUAAGCAAACAAAAAAUCAUCCCAUGGAAAUUACUUGAGUAGACAUUCAGAUUAAGACUGGCAGAGCACUUCAAAUGUUGUCACCAGUUUUCGUACAUUCCUUAAUUUUUUUUUCUUUUUAAAAGUUGGAAUACUUCCAAUAAAUAUAAUGUCAGAAAAGCAACCCAAUAAAACUACAUGCCGUGCAAUAAUCAGUAAAAGAGGAAUAGUGCAUAGAUCAGUGAUGGCUAACCUUUUUCUGGACCAAGUGUUCAAAGUGCACAUGCGCGCAAAUGCAUGCACACGAACCCCCAAAAUGCAAUGCGUGAACGGUCUUCUGCACGCACCCUACACCCCCCAUGCAUGCGCAGCAGAGACCCAAAGACCAGCUGGGUGGCGGGAGGCGCGCAUGCAUGUGUGGCGAAACUGAACCUGGCCGACGGCUCGCACACCCACAGAGAGGGCACUGUGUGCCACCUCUGGCAUGCAUGCCAUAGGUUCGCCAUCACGGGGAUAGAUAUUCAACUAGUAGAAGAGGAUAUAGGAUCAACUUUACCAAUCCUGUUGAUUUCAUUCAUAUAUCAUAUCCUGCCUAUCACAAACAGAUAUAUUUUGUUUUGAAUGAAUGAAGAAUUGGGGUAAUUAUUUAUUUAAGGUGGGCUUCAUUUGUAUGAAUGAUGGUGCCCCAUUUGGUUUACAGUAAUGAAGAGACAUCCAUUUCUAUUCCAGGCUCCUGCACAUUAAAUAUGCUACCAGUAGGACAUCUGGAUUUGCAAAAGAAGAUCUCUCUAUUCAGGACACAUAAAUUCUGUAGUUAUAUUAAUGCAAUUAAAUAAGAUUUUGUUCAAUCAUCCCCAACUUAAUGUGUGAUAGCAGUCACAAUCCAGUAUUUCUGGGAGGCACGGAGUUGGAAAGAUUACUUAGGUUUAUAAAAAGCUGACUUUGCCUACAGUGGAUUUGUUAUGCAAAGGGGUGUUGAUGGUUGGUCAUGGAAGUGCCACAUAUUCUUGUUAAUCUUCCAAAUGCAAUAUUGCUCCUGAUAUGCGAAGAUUGUGAUCUACAUAUUAGCAAUUACAGAAUCAUUCCACAUACCAUUUUGAAGCUGUUAAUAUUGUGUGAGGUGAACCUUGUCAUUCUUCAAUUGGGCUCAAUGUAAAACAUGUUUUUGUAAUUAUCUACUUUGAUUUGUAGGGAAAGGCUUCAUGGUAGAAAAAUCAGCACACAUUCCUAUUUUGCAGCAAGAAAACUUUUUUUUUAAGCAAAUGUUUUUUGAAUUGCGUUGCACCAUUUGAUAACAAAAUAUAUUCCAAUAAGAAUGUGCAUUUAAUAGAUCAAAACACUACAUUUGACUUCAGAUGGCCAGUUUCAUCAUUGCGUGAAUUAAUAACAUUAAUAUAUGUCCAUGUUUCCAAAUGUACUCAAUAUUAGUGAUAUCACAAGGUAUAGCAGUAAUAACAGGAGAAAAAGCACAUGUAACUAUCAAUAGGACAUUUGUUCAAUAAAAGCCAAUAUAAUGUGAUGUAAUAGAGAACUUUCUUUAUAGUUGUAUUGACCUAAUGUAGUUAUGAUAUAAAAAAUGAGGUAUUUGCUUUUUUUAACAGUUGAGCAAAUCAUUUCAUGCCCCAAAUACAGAUUGUUUGCUUUGCGUUUUUUGUUUUUUUAAAAUUUGCAGUAUAUUGAAUAGAGCCAUGUUUAUUUCUAUGAAAGCAGGCCUAAGAAGCUUAAUAUGGUAACUGUGUUCACACAUUGUUUUACAUUAUUACAUGAUGUAAUAAAUAAAUAAGCAUUAUUGCUUAUUUACAGUAGUGGCCAAAAUUGUGGAAACCUUUUGGGAAAAGUGUAUUUUUGAGGUUUGAUGGUUAAUAACGCUACUUUUUUGGGGAGUAGUACCAUAAAAUUAUAUAUCAGUGGAAAGAUAAUUUAAUCAAGAAUGUAAUGCAACAAAGUUUGUUCAAUUAUCUGUAUUCUAUGAAAAGUUAUAGCCAAAUAACCAGAAAAAGGAAGCACAACUUGCUUAGGUUGAUAUCAGGUAGCUUUCCUUCAUCUGAUUGUAGCCAAUGAGCAUGAAUGUUUAGAGAGCCAAUCAGGUGUCAUCUUGUUUUGGCAAUGAGUCAAUCAGAUCACAGUAGGAUUCAGUUAUUGAUGUCAUGUAUUGAAACUGAGAGGAGGACAAUUGUCAGUGUGUUAUGUGAUUGCUAUCAAGUUGGUUGGAUUUUUUUGUGUUCUUUCAUUUAGUGAGCUUGUAAAAUGUAAUAAAAUUAAAGUAAUGAUGCAAAGAGUUGACUGGUCGCCCAGAAAGCGAUGUAAAACAGUAUUUUUAAGUUAACAAGGCUACAGUUAUAAAGAAAUUAGAAGAAAAAUUGGUGGAAACUUAACCAAAGAUGGCAUUUCUAAGUUUUUGAAAAGGUAUAAGGAGACUCAGUCACUAUAAAAUCACACUGGUAAAGGCAGGAAAAGGUGCACAACAGCAAGUCAUGAUAGAAGAAUUAAGAGACUGCCUAUGCGACAGAAGAAAAUAAUAUGGGUAUAUACAAGAUGAAAUGGCGCAAUGCAAUAUGAAGGCUAUUGCUUAACGCAUUGUAAGCCGCCCUGAAUCUCCAGAGAAGGGUGGCAUAUAAAUCAAAUUAAAAAAAAAAAAGUUGAGUGCAAGGACUGUUCGCACAGACUGCAGGAAUUUGACCUAAAAUUUAGAAUUCCACAAAAAAGCCACUUUUAUCUCUCAAACAAAAGUUUGAGCAUUACAUUCUUGAUUAAAUUAUCUUUCCAUUGAUAUAUAAUUUUAUGAUACUACUCCCCAAAAAAGUAGUGUUAUAACCAUCAAACCUUAAAAAUACACUUUUCCCAAAAGGUUUCCACAAUUUUGGCCACUACUGUAUGUCUUUGUAUGGUCUAUGAGAACAGCCAUUGUACUUUGUAACCGUAGAUAAAUGGCUAAGUGUGAUCUGUGAAACCAGACAUUUGUAGUUUAUUCAACCAAACAUAGCUAACAAUAUUGUGGAUUAGUGCAAUGUAGGAAUCCAACACUCAACUCUUUACUAUUUGAUGUAUACUAUUAUAGAAAUAAGAAUUUGAUUAAAAUACUCAGAACCCUCCACUCAAGUCUAUAAAGUCAGAAAGCACAUGGAAACCUGUUUGCAAGCUCACUUCCCUCAACCCCAAAUUUAUCUUCCAGGAAGAAGUGUGUGUUAUAAAUUCAACCUACACUUUUCUAAAUGCAUAUAUGAAAAGACUCUGAAUCAGCCUUCCCCAACCUAAUGCCUUCCAGAUGAGUCGGACUAAAGUUAUUUUUCCACCUGAACAAGCUGAUUGGAGGUGAUGAGAAUGAUAAUCCCGCCUUCUAGAAGCCACUUGAUUGUAUUUUUUUUCCCCAAAAAAACACUUUCACCCUUUGAAGCCAGUUGAUAGGUUCUUUGUAGAAAUUAAAAAUGAAGAGAUCAGUUGAUGGCAAUAGAGCCAAAUGUCUUGUUUUUAAACUUUUUGAUGGUGGUGGUGAUGGUCGUAGUGGUAAUGGUGUAGUAUUAAAGAGAUCUGGGGGAGUGGGGUAAAAGAAGUGUGAUCUAUGUUUGUCUGCAUUUGUAUUCUUGUUUUCUGAAUUUUUUUGUGCCUUGUUGAUUAUAAAAUAAAAAUUGCUUUGGUGAA